UCAUGGAUUUUCCAAGAUUUACUUGAGAAUGACUGUAAUUCGAGGUAUAAAACUGAAUGUUGUGAUCAGGAGCAACACAAAAGUUAUUCUCGAUGGGAAGAGUGAUGAUCAAAAGAACUGUGCUUGCUAUAGCCCUUGUGGUGAAUAGCGUAUUUGUGGACGCAGGUCCUUAUGGCUCUUACGGUGGAGGUGGAGCAGCAGCGAGUGCAAGCGCCAGCUCGGCAGCAUCGGCAAGCAGCUUUGGCGGCGGCGGCGGAGGAUAUGGUGGAGGAGGUGGAUGUAAUGGAGGAAGCGGUUGUGGAGAUGGUGGAGGAGGAAGUGGUGGCGGUGGAAAUCCAUUCCUCGGUGGAGGAGCUGGACUCUCUAUGGGAUUGAAAAAGGAUAUAAGCUUCGGAGUAGGUGGAAAAGGUGGUUUACUUGGAACUGGUUUAUUCAAUGGUGGAGCUGGUGGUGGUGGCUUCCUUGGAGGCGGUGGACUUCUUGGUACAGGCUUACUUAAAGGUGGGGGAGCUGGAUCCAAUGGCGGAUGCGGUGGACCUGGUAGUGGAUGUGGUGGUGGAGGUGGUGGUGCUGGUGGCGGUGCUGGUGGCGGUGCCGGUGGUGCUGGAGGAGCAGGAUUUGGUGGUGCAGGAGGUCAUGGAGGCCUAGGUGGUGGUGCCGGAGGUGGAUACGGAGGAGGAGCUGGUGGUGCUGGAGGUGGAUAUGGAGGAGGUGCUGGAGGUGCAGGUGGUGGUGGAGGAGCAGGUGGUGGCGGAGGCGGUGGAGGUGCAGGAGGUGCCGGUGGAGCUGGUGGAUUUGGUGGACAUGGAGGCUUCGGAGGUGGAGCAGGUGGUGCAGGUGCUGGUGGAGCUGGAGGCGGUGCUGGUGGAGCUGGAGGCGGUGCAGGAGGUGCUGGUGCAGGAGGUGCUGGUGGUGGUGCCGGAGGUAGUCACGGAGGUGGCCAUGGAGGUUACGGUGGAGGAGCCGGUGGUGCAGGAGGAGGUCACGGAGGUUAUGGUGGAGGCGCUGGUGGAGCAGGAGGUGCUGGAGCUGGUGGUGCAGGAGGAGCUGGUGGAGCUGGAGCUGGUGGAGCAGGAGGUGCUGGCUCAGCGGGAGGUUAUGGUGGUCAUGGAGGAGGCGCUGGUGGAGCAGGAGGCACCGGAGCUGGUGGUGCAGGUGGUGGUGCAGGAGGAGCUGGUGGUGCUGGAGCUGGUGGUGCAGGUGGCGCUGGAGGUGCUGGAGGUGGUCACGGAGGUUAUGGAGGAGGCGCUGGUGGAGCCGGAGGCUCAGGUGCUGGUGGCGCUGGAGGUGGUGCAGGAGGUGCCGGGGCUGGUGGAUAUGGAGGAGGUGCUGGAGGUUAUGGAGGAGGUUACGGAGGUGGCGCUGGAGGUGGAGCCGGUGGUGGUGCUGGUGGUGGUGCAGGCGGAGGUAAAGGUGGUAACAAUAAUCCAGACAACUUAUUCUUAACUAAACCAGGUAGCAUUGCCCAACUUUAUACUCCUCCGUCGACUGGAAAUUGCAACAAGCCAGGUGGUUGUGGUGCUGGGCCCUCUUCAGGUUCAGGUAGUCCCUUUGGAAAUGGACUAGCUAGUGCUAAUGCUGAUGCAUCUGCAUCUGCCCAUGCUAAUGCCAUAUCUGGAGCCGGUUUUCCAAGUGGAAGACCUGGUGGUGGAAAGCAUGGAGGCGGUGGUUUUCCAAGUGGAGGACCACAUGGCGGUGGAUUCCCGAGCGGUGGACCACAUGGUGGAGGUUUUCCAAGUGGUGGUCCAUCACCUGGUUGCGGCGGAGGAGGUUGUGGCGGAGGAAACGGUGGUUCUGGAUGCCGAGGUGGAUCAUGCGGUGGUGGAGGUGGUGGCUCGUCACCGUGCUCAACUGGAAAUUGUGGUGGCGCCCCUGGUGGAGGUUCCCCUCAUGGUGGUGGUGGAUCUCCUGGAGGUGGUGGUAACGGUGGACCAAUUUGGGGAAGUAGACCGAAUGGUGGAGGUGGUGGCGGAGGAGGUGCUCCGGGUGGUGGAGGAUUUGGUGGAUCUGGAGCCGGUGCAUUCAGUAGCGCAAAUGCUCAGAGCUCGAGCUUUGCUGGAAGUGGCGGAUUUGGGGGAGGAAGCCCUGGUGGUGGUGGUUAUGGAGGAGGCCCAGGAGGUGGAUACGGAGGUGGCGGAAACAAUGGUCGUGGAGGAGGCGGUGGUGGAUGUGGAGGAGGUGGUGGUGGAUGCGGAGGAGGAGGAGGUGGUAACGGCGGUGGUGGCCACAAUGGCGGUGGAGGCUGCAGUACUGGAACCUGUGGAGGAGGCGGUGGCGGUGGAGGUCCCGGUGGAUCAGGUGGUUAUGGAGCAUUUGCUGGGGCUUCUGCUUCUGCAUCGGCUUCUGCUAAAAGUCAUAGUUAUGGAAAAUAAAUGUCAUCAGUCUCUUUUCGUAUACAAAUAAAUAUAGUAGAUACUUAAGAAGUUAGUUUAUGUUUAAAUUUAAAUAAUAAAUUUAAUUAUUUUGACUGUAAAUAUUUUCACUUUAAAUAAAAAUUGUAAAACUAAA